UUUCAUCCCAAUCGAAACGUUUCCAUCAUGUGGCAACUGGUGACGCUGGCGCUCUUUGCGGCCUCGAUCUUCGCCGGAUCCGCUGCCCAGCUGAAGCUGGACAUGUCGGACAAAUCCGAGGCCGAACUGCUGGCCCUCAUGGAUGACAUGACGAAGCUGCUAAACGUCCAGAAGGCGAAACUCCCGGGACCGAUCGACCAGGAGGUGCGGUUUUUCUGCAGCAAUCGCCAAGGGGCCGCGUUCUCGCAGGUCAUGCUGAACGAUCAGGGCUUGCUGGCGAAGAUGAGCAUGCAAAAACCGGUGGCCUUUGUCAUCCACGGCUGGACGAGCAGCUCCCAGGAGGCCCACUUUCGCGACCUGGCCGGGAACUACAGCCGGUACGUGGACAGUAACGUGUGCCUGGUGGAUUGGGCCAACCUGGCGGCGUACUCGUACGACGUGGCGUCCGGCCAGAGCAUCCGCAUGACGGCCAACUACCUGACGAGGUUCGUGCGGUUCCUGAACCUGAACGGAAUUGGCUACGCCAAGGUGACACUGAUUGGGCACAGCCUGGGGGCGCACAUUAGCGGUUUCGUCGGCAAGAACCUGGGCGGAGAGGUUGGGCAGAUCUUCGCGCUCGAUCCGGCUGGAGUGAUGUUCACCAUGCCCGAGGACGUGGGGGAGUCGAAUCGGCUGACGAAGAGCGACGCCAAGUUCGUGCAGGUCAUCUACACGACCCAGGGCACGCUGGCGAUGGGCAUCAGCGCGGGCCACCAGAACCUGUGGAUGAACAACAACGGGAUGUACCCGCAGCCGGGCUGCAAGAAGGUGGGCGAAGGCAAGGGACUGUUCAGCAAGACCGUGGCCGAACUGACCUGCAGCCAUACGAUGUCCGUGGCAAUGUUUCUGGCAGCACUGGACCCCAAGGUGGAAUUUACCAUGAAGCGCUGCUCAAACUACUGGCUGUACAACAUCGGAAUGUGUGCCCUCGCCACCAAGGACAAACUGGGAAUAUGGUCAAAGAGAGUUUCUGGUGAUUUCUACGGAUCUAACGAAAUGGAAUUUCCUUAUGCUAGUAAAAAAUAAAUAAAUCUGGUU